UGUGUGUGUGUGUGUGUAUGGUCAGUCGUAGUUGUACCUCAAGGCCCGUGUGCGGCAAGGUGCGCGUUUCCGCUGGCGGAUACUCGCGCGCGUGUAAAUCUCUCGUCGCGGAUUUUUCACGUCGCGGCUCGUUCCCCGAUGACGUUCCUCGUGACGACGCUCGCGCGAACGAAUGUAAAUACACGGGGCGCACCGCGGGUGGCUGGAGUAAAGUGCAACAAUGGCCACAGCCACGGUAAAUACGGUGUCACCUGUUAGUGCGCGAGCCAGCAGUGCCGACGCGGCUGACUCCGUUCCGCUGGCUAUUUUCGGCCCGCGGCUCCGUAACUCGACUUUCGCUUGACUUUUGCGAGGCGGAAUCACGUAAUCCCCUGCUUUUAACACUUGGACAGAUUUCUGUGAAUAAGGAGAACGAUGUAAUCAUAGCAAAAUAAUAUCAAAACAAUGUACAAUGAACUACAGUGGGAAUAUGCCAGAUUGGCAUCAAUAUAACCCUCCACAAUCAGGAAUAAACGACGUAACAUCGACCGCUCAAAAUGUCAAUUCAGGACACUUACCGUUUAUUUCCAGUAUCAGCCCGACCUGUCCAACGCAGUUGAACAGUUUGAAUCUGAGUUCGGAGGGACUCGAGAAACAUCAAAACGAUUCCAAUUUCAAUCCGAGGCACUUUCAGCCGCAUCUAUCGAGUAAUAUUUCGCAUGGCCAUAAUGCUGCCGACAACAAUCCCCUGGCGUCGAUGGUGCAGAUGCAGAAUUGCAUUGGCCAUUAUGGGCCUUCGAAUACGAGAAACCCUAUGGUGGAUAAUCUGAACGGUUCUAUGGAUCCGAGAAAUGCUGCGAUAGGCGGUAUAAACGAGGAGCUGGGCUAUAGGAACAACCAGGUGCCUUUAAAUGGGCCUAUCUCGCAUCUUAAUGGACCCAAUGUGAUGAACAUGAAUGCACCGCACGCGCCGAUAGGGCCACGAAACACCAACGUGAAUUCGCAUGCUGCUGGUAGGACGGGUCCCCCGCCGUCUUACGUUCCCUGUAAAGGAUUAUGCUGUAAUCCGGAUCCCAAUAUAAAUUACCAGCAAUGGGAGAAGUAUUGCUCUUAUCAGAACAACGCGGCCUACAGGGAGAAUAUUCGCUCGUCCACUGGAUACCAGACGGAUGCUCGGCGAUAUGGGAACGAGUACAAUUUCAGGAAGGACAAUUUCGAUGGUAAGGAGAUUCUGACGCCUAUGGUACCACCACCUAACGGGCUUAAUGCGGAUCAGCGGAGGAACUUUCCAGAUUUUAAGUAUCGCAAAGACCGCAUGCUCUCUCGCAGCUAUCCAUCAUCUUCAGGCAUGUUGCAGAACUAUCCCGUGCAGAACUACAAUUACACAGGAGAGUACCAAAAGUAUCCGUACAACGUUAAGGAAUAUUCCAAGAUGAGCGGCAUGAACGUGCCGAAUCAGACGAUGGUUAAACAUCCGGAACAGGGCUUCGCGAUGCCUCAGCAGAAAUAUAACAACAAACAAGUGUCGUAUCAAGCCGGUGGUGCCAUGAUGCCAAACAGCAUGCCGUCCACGAAUGCUUCGAAUCCAAGCAUGAUGCCACCCGCGCAGAAUACUUACUACAAUUCGCAGUAUCCGAGGAAUCUACCAACGGACACCUCGCACGAUUGCCAGGAGACCGCCGACAACGCAUCCAUGGUGAACAGGAUGCAAACAUCGACUAUGCACACUUCCCCGCAUUCGCGCUACCAGAUGUAUCAACAGAAGAUAGCGAUGCAGAGGUUCUCGAUGGAGAAUCAUCUCAGGGAAUUGACGAGGAUACCUGGGUACCAAUCGCAUCCCAAAUAUAAGGAAUGUGUUCAUAGAUAUAGGGAAAUACUGAAGUUGCAGCAGUCCGUCACAUAUCAAGGGCAAGUCCAGCAGAGUCCUCCGUGCGUCGCCGCAUCGACUGUCAAUACCUCUGCCAUCCCACCUAUAAACUUGCAAUUUGAUCAGAAUGGCGUUCUGAUUAAUUCUAAUUAUAUGCCCGAAGGCUUCCCCAGAGUGCAACAACCGGUAAAUUCUCAAGUAGUACCGGUAGACAGCUCGGUAGACAAGCAGAUCAAGCAGGACGGCAGCGGCGUUCCCGAAAUGGCUAAUCGCAACGUCCAAAAGCCGGAGCAAGUAGUUUCGCAACAACACGACGGCCACGUGACUGCUUUGUGCGCGGAAAGCGGGCAGAAGCAAGACCAAUAUCCCGCGCAGAAAAGCCUCGAUCAGAAUCAGUUCGAAGUCCAGAAGGCAGGGAGCGAGACCUUCAAUAAUCUGACUGUGAACGCGGGUGACACGGCUAUACAACAAAAAAUGUCCAAGGAAUUCGCCGACAAGCCGGAGCUCGACGUACGGCAGUUUCUCGCCAACUGGGACGAGUCGGAGGAUGAGGAUGGCGCGACUGCCAGCUUACCGAGCGCCAUUCUGAGCGACUCGACACCGGUGGUGGUCGUCGGCUACGAGAAUGUGGAUCUCACAGGGAAAACGUUGGAGGGUCUAGAGGUCUCCAAGCCCGAGGGGAUCGCUCCUGGUGUCAUAACGUUCGAGAAUCAAGAGAAGAGCAACAUCGGCGUGGUGCCGGCGCAGGAUUGCCUUACGAUAUCGUAUUCAUCCGCGGAAAAUGUCGAGAUUGCGAAGGACGCAGCGUGCAAGGCCAUCGCGAAGGAGGGCAUCGUGCGAUCGGGCGGUCACAUCAUACAGUGCAUAAGCAACGGGCCUGACGAGGUACCGACGAUACAUAUAGUGGACAAUUUAGAAAUAGGUAGUAUUCUACAGGUCACCAAUGGUCAGGUCACGGAGGCUCUGGAGAGACAGGAUGCGGUGUCGUUUUUUCAAGAGGGAACGGGCGCGAUAACCAUCGAAGCCGAUAAAUUCAAGAAGACCGAUGGCGACGCUGCGAUUGAACCGGCCGCGGCAGAAUACAACGCCGACUUGAGCAAAAAGAAAUACGUUGUCGAAAGUUCCUCUCCAUCUAAACCGGCUGAGGUUACGUCGCAAAUGUCGCGAGUAAGUGAGCAGGAGAUCGCGGUUCUACCUACACCCGCGAAGGACAAUUCGGAUUCCGGAAACACGAAUCUGAAGAAGCAGAGCAGUUUCGCGAGCGAGGAAUCUCAUAAUCCGGACGAUAUAAGCCUGCCGGAUCUGCCCACAUCCGAAUGCACCCCGAUCUCCACUACGCUGAACACGCCGAUCCAUUCCGACAACGAGGAAUCGUCGGAACGUGUCGAGGAUCUCACAAUACCGGCGAAUCCGAUCGAAAUUAUACAGAACAGUCCUAUGAUCAGUUUCACACAGUCGCCGACGAAAGGGGAGCCCUACGAUCAUUUGAAUAGCGAGGGAACCGUCAGGAAUAAGUCAACCGAUUCGUUAGAAAGUGAAUAUCAAACGGAGAAUCGCUUCAAAAACAAUGACAAUGAUGGCAAUAGUAAUAUGCUCGCUCACGAUACUAUUCUUGGCACAUUUGAAUUUUCUGCGAAUAUUGAUAAAAAUGAUGCUACAAUAUCUGCGAAAAAUAAUAAACAAUGUGCGAAUCUGAAUGGAACUUCUGCUUCGGUAAACAGCGGUGAGAAAGUGUUCGCUCUCGAUGACCAAACGGAUACUGUAGGGGCCAAUAGUAUGCGUAUGACUCUGACCUCCGGCGAGUAUGAAUUAAAGAUCGUGUCAACAGGAAUGCAGAAUAAAUCGGCACGGGAUUAUAAAAAUUCAAUGAACGAGCGUCGUCCUAAUGAAUCUCAAGCGGUGAGUCCGGAUGUUCAUAAAAAAUUACAAACGGAAACGAGUGCGAUGAAAGCAGAUGACAUUUUGCCCAAUGAGACGAAUAAUUAUCCUGUUGAUGGUCACGAUGACGUUAAUUAUACCGGAAAGAAAUGCGUUUCGACCGCGAAUUGCGAGUUGACUCAAACGGAGGCAACGAACAUGGGAAGUUCAUUAUCGAAUGACGCUGCUUUUAAAAUCUCAAGGCCAGGAGAUAGCUCACAAAUUGUUAGAAAUAAUUUAGCUAUAUCACAUAGUACAAAACAUUUGGCAUUGAAUAACGAUAAAUCGAGGAAAGGCGAAGUGAAGGAGAAGAAUCCUUCCUCGGAAAAGAACGCCAGCGAUAACAGAUCGAUGAGAAUCGAUGCGAAGGAUUCUCGAAACGUUAAGCUCGCGGAUCACAAGAGAUCUGUUACGAGUGAUCAGGACAUUUCUCACCGGAAGAGAUGUCUGUCAGAAAAUACGACGAAUAUAUGCAGCGAAACCAUCGUACAUCACAGUAAACAUACUCAAGAAACAUCGGUAUAUAAAAAUAAAUCCUGUACUGUCGAAAAUUCGAAAGGAUCCGACAACUCGCAUAAUAAACCGAAAGUGAUCGAAAACAUUAGUAUCGACGACAGCGGAGAAAGAAUGCGGCUUCUGAAAAAAUACAGGAAAAUGAAGUAUAAAUCAUUCAGCGUUGGAGAAAUUCAUGAUAAAGGCAAGGAUAAGCAGGAGACUUCUCAUUAUGCGGCAAAUAAAAAAUACCAUUCUUCGUCGAAUUCUGACGAGCGAUCUAUGUCGCAGUCUUGCGAUAAGCAUCUGUAUCAGAAGGAAACCGUGAAGUCUAAGUCACCCGAGGAACCAGAAGGGAAGCGUGCGAACAUCUUGAAGACAUUUGUAACCAAGAAUAUAAAUCCCGACUUUGCCAUUCAGGUCACAAAUGUGAAUUUAAAACUCAAGGAUAACGAUCACCAGAAGAAAGAAUCGCAACAUUCGGGAGAGGAGGCGAAGAAUAGUGGCUCUCUUGAUGCGAUCAAAAUUGAGAUAAAUGUAUCGUGCACAGAACGGAACACGACGGAGAAAUUGUUGCACGAGAAUAUCAAGAACGCUGUCGCUGAGACGAUCGGCCACCUGACGAAUUCGAUCUCGAACGGGGCCAGAUCGAAUUCGACGAGUAUAACGGAAAUUCAGUGCGAACACAAAGCGGAUGGCCGCGAUUACGAAAAGCGCAAUCGAUCGCCGCCCGCUGUAAUGGAUGCAUCUACGUAUAACGAAGCUCAAGAGGAUCAUAGCAAGGAAGACGCGAAUAGCGAGACAGCCGACUCGCUUUCGAAGAAGAGGCGAAGUUCCUUGUCGGAACGAGAAUUAAUCAAUAACGUAUACGAAACUACCGGUACGUUCUCGAAUACUCGUGCGAGAUCGUCCAGUUGCGACGUGAUCUUACGUGGUGAUAUUCUUUCAGGUAAUAUUGAAACUGAGCUGACAUCAAGCGCCUUGGAAAGCUCAAAGUCGGAGCACGCGGCAAUCAGAAGGAGAAGCGGGCAUCAAGACACGGAAAGAAAGAUCACUGCUACUAGCGAAGAAUUAAAAGCAUCUUCGAAUAAUUCGUCAUAUUUAAGCUCAACAUCGAGGAAUGUCAGCGUACAGAAAAAGGAGCAUCAGGAAGCGACCGCCGCUUAUUCAUGCAAGGGCGCACGAAAUUUACAAGACGACACCGCGUCUAGAUUAAACGCGGUUCCGUCGACUUCCUCGAAUUCAGCGGAUCCCUUGAAAGACACCAAUUAUGAGAACACCACGCAUUUCGAUUAUGAUCACUUCGACGUUGCGCCGAAUGACAAUACGGACAUCGGCGACAAACGUAUCGACAAGUGGAAAAGAUCAAAGAGAGACGAUGGUAGAUUCAGCAACUUCGACCUGUACGAAACCGCCAGCGGUUACGUAAAUCCGACCUUCUUCAGCGCGGACGAGCUGGAGAAUUUAAAUACAAUUCCUGUGUACACUACCAAAGAUGGAAAAAUAACCUACAGUCCUAAUCCUCGAUUCACGUACCGCGAGCUAAUUAUGGAGGCUCGUGCGAAGGACGGUCACGGUAAUGCCCGCGAAUCAUAUUUGGCGAGAUCUCCAUCGUAUGAUUAUUACAAUUGCUCCAAAUUACGAAAAGUCUUCAAGAGAAAUCGCGAUGUUACCAACGCCAGUAGGAAGAGGGAUAUCGAUCCUGUCGACGCCAAGCCCGUGGCGAAACACGUUGAUUAUUUGCCAAAUCGGAACGCCACUCACAAAAGCGCUAACUGCGCGAAAGUCCGAAGUACCUCGCAUUUGGAAUUUUUCAACGACGAUGCGGAUAAGUUAUACAUAAACAAGAAUAGUCAAGAAAAUAAAGAGAGUAACAAGAAGGAUAUCGUAGACUUGGACUUUCUUGAAAAACAAUAUAAUCUGGACAACGAACCAACGUCCAGCGUUAAACAUUAUAAGGCGAAAGUGUUUGCGGAUGAUCUCGAGAAAGCGUAUAGCGAAAACUUUGUGUUCGAUUCGAAUUUAUUACUGGGACCAAAAACUGCUUGUUGGGAAGAAACAAUGGAAUCGAUCAAGUCAUAUUCUUCUCACAUUGAUAGGAGAAACAGCAAUAAUAUGAAAGAGUUGAAUUUCGGUGAGAUAUUCACUGCGGAGAAACGACUCGAUUCUUUCCCGUUUCUGCCUGUGGAACAGGAUUCUUUAGACAACAGCAAUUGUAAGAAUUGCGAUGUGACAAACGAGCCGUUACAUUGCGACUAUCCCGAUGAUCUACAUUCGAUUCGGGGCGAAGAUUUGCCGUGUGAACAAUUGGACGCUAUCUCGUGUAAUGAACAAGAAAAUGGAUGUAAUAAUCGGGAUGAUGCAUCAGCAGAUAAUGAUAAGCCAGAAAACAUGCAUAAUACAUCAUUGAAUGUGCAGAAUGAAAACGAUGAACAUACAAAAAAUGAAGAAUCUCGAUUUGAUGAAUCUAAAUUUGGUGCGAUUGAACUUACUGAGAGAGCACGAUCUUGUUCUCCUAAAAUAGCAGACGAGAAAAUUCACGAGUCAGAAAAUAAUGAAUGUUCUACGGAUUACAUUAAGGAUAAGGAACCCUCAACGGAACAUCAGGUAGACAAUACGGAUCUUCAUUGUGCUGUUUCUCCAAAAGAAGAUAAAUCUGUUGCUGAAGUUGCAAAUAUAAAAGAAGUCUCGGAAGAGUUUGUCAAAGAAAACGAAGAUUCUGUCAAAGAAAACAAAGAUUCUGUCAAAGAAAAUAAAGAUUCUGUCAAAGAAAGCGAAGAUUCUAUCAAAGUUUCAAGUCCAUCUAAAUCAAACGUUGAAUUUAGGGAUGCACUCGAUGAAACAAAAAACACAGAAGCAGUGAAAGAAUCUACACUUCCUUUGGAUAAUGAAAUCGAUAAAUCGACGAAAGAUGAUUCAGACUCUAUCGUGAUUCAAGAAAGCACGUAUCAACAAGUUUCAUCACCUUCGAUCGAUUGCAAAGAUAGGGAAGAAAUUGCGCCUGCAGUAGAAUCGAAUAUUUCGGCCGAGAUUAAUUUUGAUCAGACAAUUGAACAAAAUAUAAAAUGUGACAGAGGAAACCUUGCGGUGUCUACAGAAAACGAAUCGAUUGCUUCGCAAAAUCACCUUGAUGUUGUUUCCACGGAACGAACGCUCGACGAAGAGGAUAAAGAACGACUAUCGGAAAAGGGUGAGGACGAAAAUGCACAAAAAAUUGAAGUCUCGUUGAAGGAUCAAAAGAACGACGAAGUUGUCCAACAUGACAGUUGUCCAACGAUGACAUCUACUCCAGCCGCUGCUUUGGAUCUACGAACGGAGGAAAAUGUAUGCGAUUUAUUCGGGAACGAGAAUCACGAGCAAAAUAUAUCAGAGUUUACUGUUAUCAAGAGUAUCAUUAAAGGCGACAAACAGCAGUGUCAUGAGCCUGAGGCGAAUCGUAAAAAUUGCGAUAACAUAAGCGAUUCCAAAUUAUUAUGCAUGGAUUCUUCCGACUGCGGAAUUUACGUCGAGGACAGAUGCACGCUGACGCAAAUGUCUGAGCACGAUUUCACAGAGGAUGACAGCAUGGUGCCGAUGGUGUGGGAGACGAGCCAAAUCCAGGAAGAUGCUGUCAAUCGUUUAUGCAGUAUCGACGAGUCGUUGAUUGAUUUUACAUGCGCAGUUAAUUCGCUGCAGGAUAACUCGCUCCUAGAUCACUUGUCCCUCUCGAGGAUGUCGUCUAUUAAGGAGCCUCGUGCUGUGGGAGAAACCACCGAAAUUGAAAGCAAAAUGAUCGACGAGCCCAUAAUUGAAUCGGUAACAACGAUCGAGGAAUCUAAAACGACGCAGAGCAAUGAUGAAAACAAGGAGCGGAAUCAAAUUUCUUCCAGUAGUUACGAGAAGGUGGCGUACUUGCGUGCAACAGAUUGCAACGCUAACACAAAGCUUGUCCCUAAACUCGUCAUUAAGAAAAGCGAAACUAGCUCCAAGUUUAUUACGAAGAUGAGUUCCUCUUCUGUUAUGCAAGAAGUCAUAACGGCUAACAAGUCGGUUUGCCAGCCGAAAAUACCAAAGAUGAUCAUCAGAAACGCGAGGUCCCGUCCGAGUACUCCAUCCAUCGAAUCCGUUCGCGAAGAAAUACCCGCAAUUCCUCAAACAAACAUCUCAGAUCGGACUUUGUUUUUGAACGAGGAGUCGUGCGAGAGUAACUCCGAAUGUUCUCUGCAGGAAUUGAGUUACAGGAACAAGAUUCCCAAGAUGAAGAUCAAACUGGACGAGAAGCACUCCAGUAAAAUAGUGAGGGCCGACGAGGACGACGAGGAGAUUUGCGUUAAACGCAAAAGUGUAAAGAAAACGAUACCGAAGGUGAAGAUCAAGAGUACCUUGAGGUCCGACCUUGCGAAUAAUUCCGUUUGCAACAGCAUGAUUUCUCAGGAAUCGAGAGAUUUUGGGAGAUACGAGGAAAAGAUACCUGUACUGAAAUUGAAGAAGCAAGAAAGAAAUAGGUCGUCGUCUCCGGAAGUGACGCGAAAGAGACAGAGCUCGAGCUAUUCGGAGGUGCCGAUCAAAAAAUAUAAAAGAUCGGGACGCGAUGCGACGGACCAUUCCACAAAACGCAGCAGCUCCUCCGAUUCAACCGCGCGGACAAACGCUCAGGACUACGAAACAAAGAAAGAUUUCUUAAUGCGCAUUUCUGAGAAAAUUCCCAAAGUAAUUAUCAAGAGAACGUCGGCCAGCGCGGAGUUCAAGUGCGAGCUGAGUAAGAGUUGUAAAAAAAUUAUCGCAAAAAGUGCGAAGUGGCAGCCAGAAGUCAAGCUGGAAAGGUACCAAAUUCUGGACAGUAUGGUGAAAGAUUUGAAGUUAACUCUAUCUCCUGUUACAUUACGAGCCAUCGACAAAAUGUCGGCGAAUCACAAGGAUGAUCAUUGUCGAGAAAAACAGAGUGACUAUAAAUUAUCCAGGUCAAACUCAACGUCUGACUUGUUCCCGGCUAAAUGUAAGCAGAGGAGAAUGUCGGAUUACGACUGUAGAAAAGUCGGCGACGCGAAAAUUAACGUGAAUUUUGCGCCAUCGCAAGAUGCAGAUUCUAAGGAGUGUACCACGCCGAAAAAGAUUGCAUCAUCCAGAAGUCAUAAAUCAGCUGGGGAAUGUCGAAAGGACAAUAAACGUAGAUCGAGAUCUCGUGACAAUAAUCCACGAGUAGAGGCAGACGUUCCUUCGUCUGAUAAGGAAAUCAAUCAUUCAUCUGAAAGAGCCAAUUCACAGAAGAGUAAUUCUGAAUGCGAUAAGCACAAGACUGAUAAUCCCGAUAUCAAUCGCGAACAAGCGACGAAGACGGGCGAAGAUACAAUCUUAAAUAAGCUUGACCAGCAGAACGUCCUUGCGAAACACUCGAGCAGUUCAAACUUCAAGCUCACAUUAAAAGAAUUGAAAACAACAUCGAAGAUAGAAAACUGUUUCGAAAAAUCGUCUGGCCCGAGCGAAAUGUCGUCCGAAGAAGUCAAUUUACAAAGUGACCAAGAGCAGACGAAAGAGCGAGAUGAUGAUUCUUUCUCAAACAAAGUCGAUAGUAAGAUUAUAAUAAAGAAGGAACGUCCGAAUGUCUCCAGCGAUAUGCACGAUGAUUGCACUCUGCAAGACUGCAGUGAUAUCGAUUUGCUUAAGGAUGACUCCACGAGUAUGGAGUUGGAUAAUUUCGAAAUGGCUACUAGCACUGUAAUUAAGGUCGAGUCCUCCGAAGAUGAGAGCCAGUCGACCAUAGAGAUCCUGCCUGCUUUACCGGAUAAUGAUCAUAGCGAGCUGGAGAGGCACGUGGAGGAUGGCGAUAGCGAGCAGUUGUAUUCAGCUGACGCAAUCCCGACCCAGUUCGAGUUGGAAUUGGAAAUCACGGACAAUAGCAAUACAGAUCUGUUGGACGUACCGAUGCCAAAACUUGAUCCUAUUACUUCUUACAAUUCACGACAUGCCAUUAUUGAAGAGUCAGGCAAUCAAAUCGCAAAGGUAGGAUGUUACAAUAAAUCCGAAGCUUCUUCUUACAGCAAAAAUUCACCUGGGAAAGAUAAACGUGUCGUGGAUAUCGAUAUCAGCGGCAAUAGAUCUGCAUUGGAGGACGAUUUGGCUGGUUCCGUCAGAGAGAUCUCUUCUAAAGCCUCAUGUUGCAAGGCGGCAGGUUUCGCUACAAGGGAAAAUUUCUGCUGCAAUGACUCCUUGAUAAAAGAAGUCCUAGCGGCUAAGGAGACCUUGAAGAAGUGCCUUUCGAAAUCUAAAUGCGAAGUACAGAUUAGCGCGAUACAGGGUAACGCGAGACCGAAGACAGCCGCGGAGAAGAAGCAGGGCACGAGUUUUACUAUGAACACUUUCUCGGAGGCACCUUCGAGUGACGCUUCUCCAGGCUGUCAUAGCGACGCUACGUCUCAGAAGAACUCGACACCCGUGGCGAAUAAACACAAGACUGAGAAUAUAUCUAAUGCCGAGAAGUCUGAUAACAAACAUUCCAAACAAAGCAAAAGUUCCUUCGUGAAGAAGAAAUCGAAAUCACCCGAGAAAAACGAAACGGAUUCCAAGGAGAAGGUGAAGGAUACUUCCGAAAGCACUACGAUAUCCUUGAAAGCUUUCAAACGGCUUGGUCAAACUGCUUCGGAUGAGAGUUCAAUUCAUACUGUAUACUUGAACGAGAAAAGAAAGAAGAAUACAGUGGACCGAGUUGACGAUGGUGUUCCUCAUUUGAAAGAUCCACAAUGGAAAAAGGAAAGUCGGAUGUCAUCCUACAAAAUUCCCAAAAUAUCAAAAUCCACCGAUCAAAGGAAUAACACGAGCAAUGCGAAGGAAAACAAGCCAAAGGAAGAUAAUAUGCCGAUACUGGAACCCGAAGUCGACGUAGAUUUCAACGCGAGUUCGGACAGAGACAGUUCCAGAUCCCCACCGGUCAUCACGAUUCAGGAUAGCGAGGAUCUCAAUGUAACGGAAUCCAAACUGACGGAUGAUAAAAUCAUAUUGUCGAGUAUUAAAGUCGAGAGCGAUACGAAGGACAUUCAUAAAAAGAGCGAGAUGUCCAUCGCCGAAUUUAUAACUCAAUUAGCUUAUCACGAGAAGGCGACGAUAAAGCAUAGGCGAUACUGCAAUCUGUGCGAGAGAUGGUUCCCUACAACAUCGCGGCAUCGACGGCAUCUGGCUGGAUAUCAACACCGUCACAUAGAAUUGACACAACGUAGAAGCAUUCAUGCACUGUUCACGCUCUUUACGGGCAUGCCUUGUCCCAGGCUAGUACCGGCGAAUGUCAUACGAAGUGAUUGCUCCAUAGGUGAAUUAACGCCGUUACAAAUUGCGGUACAGGAUGUCACAAAGUGUUUCGAUCGCACACAGCAAAGUCCUAGGAAAGAAAACGACGUUGAUAAAUGAAUCGCGAGUAAGUUAUUUGGAUUAUAAGUUACGGUUACUGUGAUUACAUAAUAAUGGCUUACAGUGCAAUCUUCUAUAGGCAUUGUCAAAGAUAGUGAAAGAUAAUGCGAAUAUUUUAUAUCGCAAUUAAAUCGCAAACGGUUAAUUGGUUUGCCACUAUUAACAGCGUCGGCCAUCGAAAUUUUAUUUGCUAGAUACGAAUGCUUUAAAAAAGUUUGCUGAUUUUUUAGCUAAGUCAACUGAUGUGGGUCAUCAUUAACAAAGAGUUACCCGAGGUACAUUUCUAGCUCGCAUUAUUAGACGUUUUAGCCAAAGAUUUUAGCAAAGCUAAAUAAUACACGUUCGAUUAUUUACACUUUCUCAAGAGAGACUACGGUCUUUAAUUUGUACAAAGUUUUAUGAGUGAUGUUCAAUUUGCUGAAUGUGCUCACAUUGCGAAUUUUUAUUUAUAUUAUGAAGAGACUUAUAUAUAAAACACGUAGAUAUAAAUACAUACACGCGUACAUAUGGGUAUAUACAUACAAUUCGUCAUUCCAGUUUGCAAAAAUAUGUACACUGGCAACGUUAUGUUAGUAAAAAACGUAUACGGUUAAAAUUAUAUAAAAAAAAGGUACGUUUUAUGAUACGAUUAUGUCUCUGAUAGAGACAUUGUACAAGGGAAAAUAAACAUGGGAAAUG